UGCCAAAAGAAAGUUUCCCUAGGUCCGACCCGCGGCCUCAGCUGCGGCCUCGGCAUAAAAGGCCAUACCGGGGAGCCGGAAGCAAACAGUCACCCAACGAGAUCGCUACCAAAAUGACCAACUUUAUCGCGAAGAAAGCCCUCCUGCUGCUCUCCCUGCUCUUGCUGGGCACGGUUCAGGCACUACCUCUGGAGGAGCACCACGGCCGCGAGCAGCGACAAAUGAAGGCCGGGCCAGGAGCCGCCACGGAUGCGGAUGUGAAGAUGAUGGCCAAUGUUACGCCCGCGGCAGGCAACUCCAUGCAGAUGGGCAUGGGCAUGUCCCUGCCGAUGAAUCAGAUGGCCCUGAAUGCAGUCGGCGCCCAGCUGGUGCGGUAUCCCAACUAUCCCGGACUGAUCUACGCGCCGGGCAUGGCUCAGGGAUCUCUGAGCGGAUUGAAUGGCCUGCAGACGAACAUAGCCAACAAUUAUCCCAACUAUCCAGACCCGAAUAUGGUUGGAGCAAGUCAAGGCUUUGGGGCAGCUCCUGGCUUCGGUGCAGCCCCUGGAUUCGGUGCUGCUCCUGGAUUCGGUGCAGCUCCUGGUUUCGGUGCAGCCCCUGGCUUUGGCUCAACUUCUGGCUUCGGAGUAGCCCCGGGAUUCGGUGCAGCUCCUGGAUUCGGUGCAGCUCCUGGUUUCGGCUUCGGCAGCUACCCGGGCGCCUCAAGCCCUUCCGCUCUCAUGUACGGCAAUCCCAUGUCGUCGUAUCCCAGUCCCCAGCUGCCCAAUGGAUUUGCGCCACAGCCAUCAGUGGACAACUUCUCGGCUCUGAACAACAUCGUGAACAUGAACAACGCGCAGGGAUUGGGAGGAUCUAACCAAGGAUUCUAUCAAAAUCCGCAGCUGGGAGGACUCUAUGCACCAGCCGGAGGCUACAUGAACAUGCAGGGCUACGCACCCGCCUUCUAAGGCAUUCACACUUUAUUUUAAACUUAA